AUGUCGAAUCCGGUCCCAGACCUCUCAAUGCUACACCCAACCUGGUUCCUGGGCGACCGACUCCACCAGUUUGCAUCGGCGAGGGCGUGUGAUGACGCUGGACAUGCAGCGUGGGAUGAAGAAUGCGGAAUCUUGGUCCGAGACACGUUGUUGGCGUGUCAGUGCACUGCGCUCGUGUUUCGCCUCAGUGCCAGUGCCGGUCACCAGGUUCAGCACCGGAUUUCCGGGAAUGUGGCAGAUUGGAACGAACCCCCACCCCGACAAACAAAAGAUGCCGAGACUGGGGCUGAAGGGAGAGACUAUUCGAACACGUAG